GAAAAAGAGAAACCAUAACGAGCAAAUUUCAUGUGAAGAGGAAAACUGGUGUAUGGUAACCAUGGUAACUGGAUGGCACAGCAGAUGACAUCCAUGCGACAUAUACAAAAUUAGUUGGUUUUUUUUUGUAUAUUAAAAAAGAAAUAUGGACAUCGAUCUUGGUGGAACUGAGUGAAGAACUGCGCAUGGAACGAUUUGUGUCGGAGAAACAUACACUUCAUAAAAAUCAAUGAAGAGGCCAAACACCCACUUGCAACAAAUUAUUUCAAAUAUGUCAAAUGGAUUUGAAAAUAACCAAGUAGUCAUAAAUAAUGACUUUCGAACAAACACUUUCUGAGACUUGUGCGCAGAAUGGAACUGCAAUUGGUGGCCUUGGCCUGGAUGAUGUGGACAUUUUUCAACGUUUCGGGUGACCAUGUAAAACACAGUGAUAUCACCUACAGGAAAGAUGGUGAUCUCAUCAUUGGCGGGUUGUUCCCAGUCCAUGAGACGGGUCCAUCGGGACAGAGGUGCGGUCAACUCCGGGAGACAGAGACAUUGCAUCGGUUGGAAGCCAUGGCGUGGGCCAUUAAUGACUUCAACAACCGCUCAGACAUACUGCCGGGGGUUGAGCUUGGCUUCGAGAUCAGGGACACCUGUUCCGAUGUCUCCAUGACGCAAAUUGGUGCCUUGAAAUUCCUUCCGUCAGAGUUCACCCGCGAUGACGUCUGUCCCGUGCAGACCAAACAGAACAUAUCCGAAGGUAGCCCAAUCAUAGGUGUAGUGGGAACGGAGAUGAGCAAAACAACGAUGUCCGCAGCUCAGCUUCUUGGUUUAAAUCACAUUCCUGUUGUUAGUUAUUACGCAACAAGCGAUGAUCUAUCCGACAUGACGCAGUAUCCGUAUUUCUUGAGAGUAGUCCCACCUGAUAGACUUCAGGUUCAGGCGAUGUUAGAGAUCAUCCGGACACAUGGAUGGUCGUAUAUAUAUCUUUUGUAUUCUGACGACAACUAUGGGACAAACGCUUACCAAGAGAUUGUACGCGGUGCAGAUGACAUCGGCGUCUGUCUCGCAGAAGCUUUUGAAAUUGGACCUCACUUGACAGAGGAAGACUUUGAUGAUAUUGUCUUGGACAUGCAGAUGAGACCACAAGCAAAGGUCGUGAUCCUCUUUAUACAUGUUGAACAUGCUAACAGCUUUCUUGCCGCAGUGAGGAGAAUUGGAGCAGUUGGUGAAUAUCAGAUUUUAGGAAGUGAUGGAUGGGGAAUGAGUAUAGGAGAAAUUGAGCCGUUAAAUAGAAAGGGAGCUCUCGGGUCACUCAAAACUCAUCUUUUCUCGGCUCACGUGCAGGAGUUUGAAGACCAUUUCCUGAAACUGACGCCGACAGAUUCCCCCGAGAAUCCAUGGUUUGGAGACUACUGGAAUUCCAGUAGGAACUGUUCGUUAAUCAAGCAUGGGGCGUCAUGUCUCUCAAGCCCAGGUUUUAGUGCUGGAAGCGCGGUAUCUUUGGUGAUAGAUGCAGUUACCACCUUGGCUCUGGGUCUCUCUGAAAUGCACAAUGACCUAUGUGAAGGCCAGCCUGGGAUCUGCGAAGCAAUGAUGCCGUUGGAUACCGCACUUCUCUUUGACUAUAUGACUAACCAAUCAUUUAAGGGUCAGUCGGGUUAUGUGAUCUUUGACAGUGGUGGCGAUGCCAUCGGUCGCUAUGUCAUUGACAAUAUUCAGGUCAAAGACGGCAACUAUGAGUUGGUGAUGGUUGGUCUGUGGAGUGCCAUCCGGGGAAACUUACUCAUAAUGAACGAUUCCGAUGUGAUCUGGGGACCAGAUGAUCAUCGCAUGAAUGGGACUGCGCCAAUGUCGUACUGUAGCGAUCCCUGCGGCAUUGGUCAAAUAUACAUCCCUCGAGAAAACUUUUGUUGCUGGUCAUGCUUGAAUUGCUCUGAGGACGAGAUCACUAUUCUGAAUCACACAGUUUGUAUGGAAUGCGCCAAAAGUGCUGCUCCUGACGAUAAACGCCUUACCUGCAUUCCGGUAGAAGCCAAAUACAUCCUAUGGAAUAAUCCGUUGGCGAUCAUGUUGACCGUUUUAGCGGUGGGUGGACUUUGUCUGGCUUCGAUGGUGCUCUACUUGUACGUCCGCAAUAGACAAAACUUAUUAAUCAAAGCCUCCAGUCGCGAACUAUGUAGUAUCAUUCUAGUUGGGAUUUAUCUCUCUUACUUUUUGGUCUUCAUUCUGAUCACUAAGCCGACCUUCAGCUCCUGUCUCAUCGCGCGCAUGAUGCUCAUGCUUUCCUUCACAAUCAUCUACGCGCCCAUAUUGACGAGAGUCAACCGGAUAUACCGAAUCUUUGAUCGAGCCCAAAGGUCAGUUAGGAGACCUGGUUGCAUCAGCCCGACCUCCCAGGCAACCAUUGCCGUUAUCCUUAUUGGCAUCCAGGUUCUGGUGAAUACUAUAUGGUUGAUCAUCGUACCUCCUGCAGCUAUCGAGGUAGUCGUUGCCCCACAACAAGUUGAACUCAUAUGCAACUUUCCAAGCGAAGAGAUCAUCACCUCGCUCAGCUACAACUUCAUCCUGAUUACCCUGUGCAGCAGCUAUGCCGUCCUGACACGCAAGGUGCCCAACAACUACAACGAGUCUCGAUUCAUCGGCCUCUGCGUCUACACGGUUCUCGUUAUCUGGAUCGGUUUCAUAUCCAGUUACUUCGCAAUCAACGACUCCAAACUCAAGGUCGUCGUCCUCUCUCUUGCCAUGAUCUGCAACGGCACCAUCACUCUCUGCUUCAUGUUUCUCUCGAAGCUCUACGCUAUCUAUUUCGAGAAGGAGGUCAUCAUAAACCCUACGACUUAUGACGGAUCCGUCAGAGGUGGCACGACUGGGGAGACCAGUGAGGGCAAGCAAGAUAUCGAUGUCCACGUCGAGGAAGGGGCCGGUUGCGGCGAUGAGAAAAGAGGGAUCUCCAAAUUUCGGAAGGCGAAAGUUCGGCCAUCGGGAGAAGGCAUCCAGGCAAAGAAGUCUUACGGCGUAGCGUCGAAUGAGAAAACUGCAAAAGGACGUCUGAAUUCACCUCGAGAUGACAGGUGCUCAACUAUAUCCGGAUCAGAAAGCAGCUGCAGCUGACUAUAGCACAUCAGAUGAUAAUUCAUUGACAUAGAUUAGCCGUGGCGAUGGUUGAAUUCUUACACGAGAAUCUUAGAUUGAAAGAGGGAAGUUCUUUGUUGGUGUUAGAUGAAUAGGGAAAUAGACGAAGUAGAGCACAAAUCAACGGAACACCGCAAACAAGAGACAAAAUAAUUAUCCCGACGUCAGAAUAAAAGUACUUGAUGAAGGCCUUCGACCGAAACGUCAGAACAAUGUCUUGUCUCCCAUACUGUUUAUAGUUCUGCUUUUCUGUCUUUUUUCUUACACUGUAGCUAAUCUCAUUGCCUUAAUUCCUUGCCCAUGUUGUAGCUAAUAGAUUAAAAUCUAGAAAAUGUGGCAAUAGCUAUUUGAGCUGUACAAAUAAAUUGGGAUUUUCCGUUGUGUUUUUAUAAUGAUUAUUGUAUGUGAACUUUGACUUGAUCAAAAAGUUCAUUCCACAUGAACAUGAAUGAAUGAGGUCAUGAUCAAUCACAGGGGAAGAUGCGCUAUGAUAGUAAUGAAACAAUGAUGAUGGUGAUGAUUUUUUUUUACAGCUACACAAAUUAUGGUCAAUAAAACCAUUUCCAUUUAUUUUGAUAAAAGAGCACAGUUGAUUUAUACUACCUUGCCCAUGGGCAUAUAGGAGCCGUGGCCGGGGAUCGAAUCUCGGAGUUUCUCGGGUCUAGUCAGGCGCCUUAGACCACUCGGUCACGGUACCUUCAACAUGAUGAUGCUGAUAAAGAUAACGAUACGAUGAACUUGCCGAUAGUUUUGUCUUUUGAUAUGGAGUAACAUGAUGUGGAAGCGUCGUGGUGUAGCGGUUCUGACUCUCGCCUUGUAAUCAGAGGGUCGUGUGUUCGAAUCCCACCAUGGCCUAGCGUCCUUUGGCAAGGUGUUAAUCCACACUUUGCCACUCUCCACCCAGGUGUUAAAUGGGUACCCGGUAGGAUGUGAAAGCCUAUAUGUAGUAUGCCUAGCAAAUGAGUCUUGGAACUCUUGUUGGAAUGCUCCCCAGGGAGUGGAGAAGGUGCAUACAUUGUAUGCGGGCAUGCAAGGAUCCGAUGACCGGGGUAAUAAUAUGUCUGUAAAGCGCUUAGAGACGUCGUUCCGAUGUAUUAAGCGCUAUAUAAAUGCGGAAUAUUAGUAUUAUUAUGAUCAUCAUCAGAUUCAUCACCAUGAUCGUCAUCUCCAUCGUCACUCUUAAUCACCAAUAUCGACCAACACCAUCAUUGUAUCACUACCACCUCCAGGGCUCCGUAACACAAAGAUUAGCGAUCAAUCGCUAAAUUAACUUACCAAUCAAUAUCGAUUACACGCGCUUUAAGUUUAAAAUACUGACCAGGGACCAAUCAGUGCGGUUCUUUCAUAUUUGCAAUUCAUCGCUAAUCUUUGUGUUACGGAGCCCAGAACGGCAAAAAACAUCACCACCCUCUUUCUUCAUCAUCACCACAAUCUUCAUCGCCGACACCACCACCACCACCGUAGUCAUUAUUAUCAUCACCAACAUCAUCAUCAUCACGACAACCAUCAUAAUCAUCAUCGCUAUCAUCAUUAUCUUCUUCACUCGCACCAUCAUCAUUAUUGUCAUCAUCGACGCUGUCGUCAUCGCCAUCAAUUCCUCAAAAAACACCAUUAUCACAACCACAACCACCACACCAUCAGAAGCAUCGAUACAUUGUGUCCCAUUAAACUGGUUGAUUCGAUUGAACAUUGCACAUGACCCCCAAAGGACAUUGUCACGACGGCCUUGAAUUGUCUAUUUUUAUACACUUGAAAAUCUAAUCUCAUUUUGUAUAUAAUCAUAUUAUGCACUGAUGUUCACUUGUAUAACGUGAGGUAGGAAAUGACUGUAAAGAUGUACAUGUACAUGAAAGUGAAAAAAAAAUCAUUAAAAAAUAAAAUACAAUAAAUUAGUUUCGGAAGCUAUAAGCAUGAAACGCUGAGGUUUUCAAUCGAACGUCUUGGUUUUUAUUAUGAUUGUUACAAGAAAGUUGAGGUUUGAAAUCGUGACUCUAUCCAAGGAUAUUCGGGCAAAACAUGGGAUGGAAGAUGCUCAGCUCAACUGUUUGACUUUGAGUGGCAUGAAUUCCCCGUGAUCAUCCAAUUAUGCUGCUUGUGGUGGCAUGCAUAACUUAGAAAUGAAACGAGAAAUUUGACCACUGAUCUGGAGUAUCAGGCAUAAUACAUCGUGUAGGGCCUAUGGCAUUGUCCUGGUGAUAUUUCUGUGAUGUGAAUAAUUCAUCAAACUGGGGGAAUUUCUACUCUUUGGGGCCUAUGCAAAAUGAAAACACUGCAUUUGUUUGAUUAUGUUAACGGGCUCACAAGUACAUGUCAUAUGAUAUUAAGGGCGUUAAAUAAUACGACUACACCUGCCUAAGAAACCUCAAAAUGUUUAUUUCAUGAGAAGUGUCCGAUACGCUAAUUCCUCCGAUACAGUGCGUAUCAAUAAAAACGUUACACUUUGAAAAAGUCCUGGAAAUUGAAAAAUACACAACAUGGGGAUAAUUUGUUCACAUAUGUUCUUGGUCUCAUCUCUCAAAUAAAUAAAAAAAUUGACAGAAUGUUACACCUGAGUGAGCACUGUCCAUUUUUGUAAAGCUCGCAUAAAUCGGUUUGCGCAGAAAUCUAAUUUUCACGUUGUGUCAAGGAAAAAAAGGCAACAACCAACUGACUGUUUGGUACAUUUCUCAUACAUAAUCUUUAACAUUUUUAACGAAUUGAAAUAAAACAGGUAACAUUUAAAUGUUUUGUAACAACCUUGCCACCCAAAUUAACAUUUUAACCCUAGGUAAGCACAACCUUUACCCUUUUUUGUGCCAGCUGGAUCUGAGGACACAACUAAAUGUAAACAAAGGUUUAUUUCAGACAUCUCCAGCUUUCUUUCACUUAGUUUUUUUUUAGCAUUUAAAGUGCGUUAACAUUUCAUAUUUCAUUUAAUACUUGUUUCUCCCCACUUUUCCCAAGCUUGACAAUGAUUAACAAACCUAGAAUCAAACCUAAGCCAGUUCAUGUGAAUCACAUCUCGGUGUAAAGCAGAUAUCAUGACGAUGGCCUCGGUAUUUGGGGAGGGGGGGAGGCUCAAUGGCGCUCUAUAAGUGUUUUGGACAAGGAAACAAGUUCAAAAGGCAAAAUAUAUAUUCAAAUCAAUCAUUCUUGUAAAAUUUCAUGUGUUCUUCAUGAAUGACGUAUACUUUUAUUCACAUAACUGGUUCUGCGCAAAUCAUUUUUCACGAACUUUUCAAACGUAAGCGAAAAUAUUUGUUGACAGUCAUAUCGUCAUUUGCUUAAAGAGAUCUGUACCAAUGUUGAAAAUUAAUGUGGAAAAGGCUUCAGGAUAUUACAAAUACAUAAUUCUACAGCAUUAUUUCUAAGUGUAAACUUUCUUUGAUACGCACUGUAUAGCCAGAUGGUGGCAACUCUCAUCAUGCUUUAAUUGAUUUGUUAACUCCUUUACCACAGUGGAUAUUUUAUAUGAAGACAAUAAAUGUUGAAUAGGUUAAA